CACAAUGGAAUAUGAAAACAAAAUAUCAGUCUUCUCAUUGGAGUGAUGGAGUGCAUAAGUAUGCAAUGCAAUCUUCACAAGUGUGCGUGAGGCACAGCCACACGUGGCAAGGCAAACAGGGCUUUAUCCAAACUAUAAAGAAUAACAAACACUAGCCAUAGUGAGCGAAGUGAUUCUUCGAAUUUCUGGAGCUUUUACUUUGAAGCAGUUAAACUCGACGUUCGUACUCGACGCUUUUAACGUGCUCGACUUUCUCCCACACUACAAACGACUCUGAUCAACAUGAAUCCCUCUCCCAUGGAUCCGCACGUGAAGGAGCUUAUCGCCAAACUUCGCAAACAUGGUCUUGAUCGAGAGGAAUCACUCCCGCAUCUCAUUAUAUCCGGCAAUCUCUCUAGUGGUGAUGUCUUAUCAGGAGAAGAUUGGAAGCUACGUACUCCAAUUUCCACAGAGAUCACUUUGCGACAUAGCGAAGCCACCUCUUUCACAGUCAGAUUGAUCCCUGAUUUUUCACGGCCCGCUCCACAAAAAUCCAGCAUCAAGGCAUUUCAGAGAUCUCUCGCUCAUAUUGGUGAACUUCAAAAUGCUGUGUAUCUGGCCAAUAAAGAAAUUUACAUGACUCUUGACUCGAAGGGUCUGCCAGAUAAAACACCUUGGAAAGAUGUAUUGAGAAUUGAGAUCGAAGGUCCGACGCAACCACAUCUCACCUUACUCGAUCUUCCCAGCCUCCUUAAAAAUAUCUCCGAAGUGGAAAUAGGUUAUGAAGAACAUAAUGCCACCGCGAAUCCGGAAACAGCUUCUUUCACAACUGGCUCUAAUACGCCCACUCACACAGUCAUGACCGAAGAUUUCUUUUCCCGCACUCGUUCCCUCGAUACAGUUCCACACGCUGGCAAGACAUUCAUAAUACGAGAUCGCAAACGUGGUGGAGUAAUCACGCUCAAGGAGGGGUGUUUCCAAGUAUGUCCCACUAUUCCCCGAGCGGGUGGAUGUCAUUGGACAUGCGUAGAGCGCGACGGGUGGUUUGGCUUUCGCAACUGUGUCUCGGGACAAUUUUUUGGUCAUGACAAUAAAGGCAAAUUCCAUUGCAAGGUUUCUCACCAUCGAGCCCACGAAUGGUUUUGCACGAGAGCUCACCCUUCUGGUGGACAUCUCUUGUUGAUGUUGCAUGGGGAAAAAUUUCGACAGAUGAAAAUUGAGAAGGAUGAUACGGAGUUGGUGGAGACGGAUGGAGAGGGAACUGCGUGGGAUUUCAUAGAAGUCUAGAUAUUGCCAUGAUGUCGGUUCUUGCUAGCGGCAUCAAUUUUAGUAAAUGUUCGACCUUUGAUGUUUUUUCUUUCUUUUCAAGUUUGUUGUUCGGCUGAACUCCCCGCUCUGAUGUGGUCUUGUAUCCGACUAGGAUAUUAUCACUAUCACGUCUCAUGGAGGGAAGAGGAUGCCUCUCAAUUUUUACAAUGGGUAUUAACGAUGUCACGAACUGAUAUAUGGAAAUGAAAUAAAUUCAACAUUCGGAUGAAAGUUAAAGCCCGCGGGUGUGAAUAAACCAGUUCAUUUCGUUCAACUA